CAGCGCGCUCAGCCCUGCCGGCAAUGAAGUCGGAGCCACGCAGCGAGCAGCAAGGCAAGGUACGAGAUUCGAAAGCGGCGAAUGGAUCUGGCGCGAACGCAAUCGUCAACCUCAGCAAGCUGUCCUCCGCCGAGCUGAUGGCUUUGGCGCAGCGGCGAAACAAACAACACGGAUUAUCUGGUCCCGAUGUGCUGGCGCCGGUCUUCCGCGGCGUCGUUGACACGUCGAGCGUCCGGCCGCCCUCGGUACACCCGUUCACCGUGGGCGGGGGCAGCCGCAAGGACCAGUACCGCGGAGCCUGGAAAGCGCUUUCCAAGCGAAUCGGCGUGCCGCUCUUCUCAACAAACGACACAGAGCAUGCCAACAAUGCCACGACAAACACCAACGCAACAACAACAGCACCACGACCCGAGAAGGAAAAGCCGGAACCCAAGGCCGGGGGCUUGAAGUCAGGAGGCGGCGGCGGAGCCUCCGCCACGGCGGCGGGCGCCAUCGGCGCGAUACCUACACACGCGCAGCUAUACGGCUCUCACGCGGAUUACGGUGAUACCAAAUAUGUGAAUGAGAACGACAAGUUCGUGAAGCUUCUGGGGUCGUGGCUGGGUCUGGCGGCGCCCAUUGACCUGCCGCUGCUGGCACCGGGUGCGCCGCCGCUGCUUCUUAAGAAGCUGUUCAAAGAGGUCUUGGAGGCGGGCGGCUCUGCGGCGGUGUCUUGGCCGGCGCUGGCGGGCCGACACGCGGGAGACCCCAUGCUGGCGGGCGUGCUCAUGCAGGUGUACUACGCCUACCUUGCGCCGGCUGAGCGGCGGAUAGCGUCUAGCGCGGGGGGCGGCGGCGGCGGCGGUGCGGCGGCGGCGGCUGGCGGCAGCGGCACUGGCGGCGGCGGUGGCAAGCGGACGCGAGCGGUGCGGUGGGAGGAAGUGUUGAAUGCCGACGUCAAGCGGCGGGCGCAGCUGCCAGAGGGGACACUGCCAAGCAUCGACAAGGUGCGAGCACGGAUCGCCACAGCGCGCGCAGCCAUCCGUGCUCUGGAGCCCAGCAGGCCAGCGGCGGCGGCGGCGCAGCCGGAUGUGGAGGUGGCGGCUGCAGCAGCAGCAGCGGCGGCGGCGCCGCCACCGCCAUCGACCUUGGCAGCGGACGUGUUGCAAGCGGUGCGACUGGCGGCGGCGCGGCCGUCCGCGUUGCUGGAAGGCGGCGGCGGGAGCGGCGGUGGCAAGGAUGCAGGUGGUGGCAAGAAGCGGCGGGCGAGCAAUGCCAGGCGGCAAUCAAAGAGCGCAGCAGCGGCGGCGGCAGCAGCCGGCAGCGCGCGCAAGCGCGCUCGCGGCAGCGCGGCGGCCGCUGACCUGGAGGAGGGCGGCGGCGAGGCGGCGGCGGCGGCGGAAGCGGAGGAGGUGGACGUGGCGGCAGCGGUGGCGGCGGAUGGGGAGCCGCUGGGAAACAUUGAGCCACGGGUCGCCGCGCUGUUGUCUGUGGCGGCCUCGCUCAAGCAGACGCGCGCCGCGCCGCCCGGCCUGGCCUCGCUGCCGCUGCCCGACCUCAAAACCAACUUCAUGGCGCGGUGGGAGGCGUGGCGGGCGGCGCGAGCCGCCAGGGACGCAGCUGCCGCUGCCGUCAAGGCCGAAAGCGACGCGGCAGCGGCGGCGGCGGCUGCGCAUGGGGUCGCUCGGCGGGGCUCGGACACCGGAGACGCGGCGGCGGCGGCGGCGGUGGGGGGCUCGCGCAAGCGGCAGCGGAAAGCCGAGGACGGUGGGGCUGCUGGGGCGGAGGCGGCAGCAAAGAAGAAAGCGGCGACGGUGGCGACGGUGGCGGCGGCGGCGGCGGCGGACACUGAGGACGACGACCCGCUUAUCUCGGGGCCGUCGCUAUCGCGGCAGUCCUCACAGCAGCUGUCGCAGCAGCCGCUAGCGGCGGCGGCGCCGGCGGCGGCGGCAACGGCGGCGGCGCGGCCCACGAACUCGGGCUCCAUCUCGGUCGCUGAGGCAGGCUCGGCGGCAGGAGGAGCUACGGCAGCAGCAGCAGUAGCAUCAGCACCCAAGCCAGCAGUAGCAGGGAGCGGCUUGCCGCCGCUGGCACCUCGGCAUGCGGUUAGCCUGCAGCCGCCAGCGGCGACGGCGGCGGUGCCAAUGACGGUGGCGGCGCCAGUGCCGGCGGACGUUGCGACCGCAGAUGCGGUAGCGGCGGCGCCAGCCGUUGAGGCGGUGCCAGGAGCGCUGCUCGCGGCGGCGUCUGCUGUUGAGGGGGUGGCGAAUGUGGUGCCGGUGCCAGUGCUUGGAGCCCCCACCUCGGCAGUGUCAAUGGCUGCGCCGCAGGGGCCGGAUGUGGCGGCGGCGGCGGCUGCUGGCGAGGUGCCACUUGCAAACAUGUCUUUGGAAGUUGGAGGGUCUGUGGAGGCGGCGGAAGCUGCCGGGCAGCAGUAGAGGCGCAGGUGGCGUGAAGGUGCAGGUGCGACACGGGGUGCCUCCUCAAUUGCCAUUGUGUUGUAAUUGGUGUGAUGGCUAGUAGUAGUUGUGAUCACAGGAUGCGUAGUGUACUGUGGUGGCUGGCUUCGGUACAGGAGAGCUAAGGGACCGGCAUGCAUACUCUCUGUGAGAGGGCCGGGGAGUACUGGGAGGCACAGCCCGCGUGUUCCAAGCGGAGGCGGCUGGUGAUGAAUGGAAGCGGGAGGCGGAUGGAGGAAUGGAUCAGCACCGUCCCGCCUCUGGCGGCAUACGACUCGUUGGCCAGGACUUGCUUCUUGCCCUGCUGACACGUGCUCAUGAGACGCAAGAGGCAGUAGCCACAGAAGCGGAAAGUGUUUGAUGCCAGGAACAGGAUUGCACAAUUACAGCCAGCUGUGCAGGGUUGCAUGGACUCUGAUGAUCGAUGACCCUGCCAUGAUGACGUGGGCCGCCCCCAUCCAGACGGGGCAGCAAUUGCCGCUAGGCCCUGCACGAAGCAAAAACGAGACCGCCCAAACGCCUGAGUUACCGGGUACUUGCACACCGUGCAUGUGCCGGGUGCAGCUGCAGGCGCCUGACUCAAUGCCAGUCAUAGUCAGUUCUGACCC